AUGGCCAGUCCUAUCGUUCUCACUUUUAACGCUGAGGGCCGUCCGAUUAAGUUUGACGUUUGGCUCGAUGACCAGCACCUGUUCCUCCAGAUCACUGCCAAGGACGAUGUUUCCCUGUUUGACCACACGUCCGGCGCCGCUCCCGCACCUGCUGCUACUGCUGACAGCACUGCCCGCUCACAGUGGCAGACCCGUGACGCUCACGCUCGCCUAGCCGUUCGCAGCCACCUGCCGUUAGAUGAGCGCGAGCACUUUGGCCAGCAUAAGACCGCUAAGGAACUGUACGAUGCUGUAGUUGCACUCUACUCCUCCCCUGCUACUGCUGCGAUAGGCCAUCUCUCACUGCCCUAUCUCUUCCCCAAUCUGUCUACCUUUGCCACUGUAGCUGACCUCAUCACCCACCUCCGUACUAGUGAUCUUCGCUACCGUGCCGCGCUUCCCCCCGAUUUCCUAGCCAAGAACCCUCCCUCGAUGUACCUCACACUCUACCACCUAGUCACCCGCCUCCCUGACUCUCUUCGCGCUGUCAGGGACCACUUUCUCGCCCUCUCCCCCACCGACCUCACUGUCGACCUGCUCGAGAAGGAACUCCUAGCAGCUGAGAAGAGCAUUGUAGCUGUAGGUGCCUCUCGUGGCGACUCUCGCACUCCCUUCUUUGAGGGGUGCUCCCCCGUCCCCCUCCUCCCCUCCAUUGCAUCUGCUGCUGCUGUCGACUACCUCGACGCUGAGGGGGUCGGGGCUGCGUCUGCUCCUAGUGGGAGGCGCAAGGGUGGCAGGGGCAAGGGGGGCAAGGGUGGCGGGGGUGGCGGCGGGGGCGGCAGUGGUGGAGGGGGUGGAGGCGGCGGGGGUGGUGGCGGUGGUGGGAGUGGUGCUGGUGGUGGGGGGGUCAGUGGCGGGGCCGGGGGUGGUGGAGGCGGUGGUGGCGGGGGUGGUGGGGGUGGGGGUGGUAGUGGUGGCGGCAGUGGACCUGGUGGCGGGCGCGGUGGAGCGGUGCAGCGUGGGGGGAUUGGCAGUGGCCAGAGGCAGCAGCAGCAGCGUCCCAGCAAGACCCUGUCGCCCCAGCAGCUCCGUGAGUGGUACUCUCAGCGUGGGGGGUCUGGGGGUGGAGGUACCUGCCCGUACGUCAUCCGCACAGGUGACCGCACUGGCUUGAACUGUGGGAGGUUUCACACGGCGCAGCGCUGCUUCUUUCGUCUCGACGACGCAUGGCGCGAGCAGUUCCCUGAUGCCUCUGAGCUGCCCUCUUGGGCUGAUCUGCUUAAAAAGAACAUUGAUAUCUUUGCUCUUAAUUUUGAUGCUAUCCUUGGUGCUAUGUAUGCAUUGACUAUUGGUGUUGAGGGUGACUGUUACCUGCGUGUACCGCUCUAG